AUGACGUUGGUAGGCUAUUUUGGUGAUGAUCUGAUAUCUCCAAAGCGGGAAGAUGUAUAUUUGAAAAAAGAUGAAAAACUGGAGAAUUUUUACGAGAUACAAGAAAAAUUAGGAGAAGGUAAAUUUGGUACAGUAUGUAAAGCAACGGAAAAGAGUACAGGAGCUGUCUAUGCUGCAAAAUAUAUCAAGAUUACUCCAGCUUCGAGGAAAGAGGUCACAGAAGAAAUAAAUAUGAUGAAUAAAAUUCACCAUAAAAGACUAGUUUAUCUUUACGAUGCUUACGAAACUCCAAAUAAUCUUAUUAUGAUUAUGGAACUAGUCUCGGGUGGUGAACUUUUUCAAAAAAUUGUGGAUGAAGAUAAUUUAAACGAACCAAAUUGUGCUCGUUAUCUUAUUCAAGUUUUACAAGGCAUCCGGCAUAUGCAUCGAAAAAACAUUGUUCAUUUGGAUUUGAAGCCAGAAAAUGUUAUGUGUGUUCCUCGCCCAGGAGAAAUGGAUGAUAUCAAGUUAAUUGACUUUGGAAUGUCGAGAGUUCUGGAUCCUGAUAAAGAACUAAAAGUUGCUUGUGGGACACCAGAAUUUGUUGCUCCUGAGGUUAUAAGUUUUGACCCAAUUCGCUUAGCAAGUGACAUGUGGAGCGUUGGGGUGAUUACUUAUAUUUUAUUGAGUGGUCUUUCACCAUUCAUGGGGGAUGAUGACAAUGAAACAAUCAGUAAUGUUUGCGCAGGAGAAUGGGACUUUGACACAGAAGAUAAUUUCUUUGAAGACGUCAGUCAAAUGGCUAAAAAUUUUAUAUCGGAACUUCUAAAAAUGGAUCCAAGUGAUAGAAACACAGUGGAUCAAUGUUUAUCUCAUGACUGGACACAGAAAGCGCCUGGGUUGCAAGCGAAAAAACUGAAGACGGAUAAUAUGAAAAAAUUCUUGGCAAGAAGGAGAUGGGCGAAAACAGGAAAUGCCUUGCGUGCCAUAACAAAACUUGGUUCAUUAAGUCUAAAGAAAGGGAUGAAAUAGUGUUCUUUGGUUCCUAUAUUGCGUGGACCAACUAAGCCUAAAGAAGGAAAUAUAUUUGCUUCAGUAAGCGAGUCAAGAAAAGCAGAAACCACUUUAGUUCAUUCCUUGAAAUUGUAACGAGAUCUCGAAUGAAAAUAUUAGAAUGGAGUGUGGUGCGACAAUAAUUGAUCUUUAAAAGAUACUUCAUAUUAUCGACAUUAUUGAAAUUGCCAAAUUAUCUAAGAGUAUAAAGAAACAGUAUGAUUUUAUAAUCAACAUGUAAAUGCCGCUCUAAAUAUUGCUGAGUUCAGCUCCAGCUCUUGCAAGAGUUGUUUUGUAUCCAAGCACGAAUCAGUUUUUAAAAUUUCAUGUCAUCGUGUUCAGGUCAAAUUUCUACCAAUUUCAAAGAUUGUACUCGGCAACUUUUUGCACUUUUAGCGGCAACGUUUUUGCAAACAAGCAACUUUGAAUAACUUUUGCUAAAAGUAGUAAUAUUGGCA